CUUUCAGUGUAACAGUUUACUAUUUGAAUAAAACCUAAGAGCCGCAGAUAUGAAGUUAUCAUUGUCUGUGCUACUCCUGUGCGCGGCGGCUGUGUGCGUCACAUGUGAGCAGCCGCCGAGUGACGAGGACUGGCUGGAGCUGGACACCCCGCAGGGACCGGUGCGCGGGCGCAGGGAUCCCGAUGCAGACCAUCUCUACUCCUUCUAUAACAUACCAUACGCAACAACUCCAGUCGGCGAAAACAAAUACAAGCCUCCCCUUCCGGCUCCUGUUUGGGACAAACCAUUUGACGCCGUGGACAAACACGUCAUAUGUCGACAAACGAUAAUGCCCUUAAAUUUAAUGCCUCCUGGUUUGGUAGAACAAGAUGAUUGUCUGAUAGCAAAUGUGUACGUGCCUGACACGAGGAAGAAGAACCUCUCAGUUCUUGUAUACGUGCACGGAGGCGGUUUUGUAAUAGGUUAUGGAAACCUCAUGAAAUUUAAACAAUUUCUGGAAACGAAAGACAUCGUCCUUGUCACCUUCAACUACCGCCUGGGAGUGCAAGGAUUCCUGUGCCUCGGCACUGAAGACGUACCGGGUAAUGUCGGUAUGAAGGACCAGGUUGCCUUGCUUCGGUGGGUACAAAAGAACAUCGCAAGCUACGGCGGGAACCCUGAUGACGUCACUAUUGCAGGAUACAGCGCUGGGUCUGCAGCAGUAGAUCUCUUAAUGCUCUCUAAAUCAGCAGAAGGAUUGUUUCACCGAGUUAUACCUGAGAGUGGAGGAAAUCUUGCGGGAUUUUCUAUUCAGAGAGAUCCUUUGGAAAUCGCGAAAACUUAUGCCAAACAACUGAAUUUCACAAACGUUGAUGAUAUUAACGCUUUAGAAAAGUUUUACAAGACAGCUCCUUAUGAAUUAUUACAUUCAGAUUCUUUAAACGAUCGAUAUGAUUCUACUUUUGUAUUUUCACCAUGUAUAGAGCGUGAGACGACAAAAGAUGCGUUCCUCACUGAAUCUCCUUUAAGCAUAUUGCAAAAAGGUAGUUAUAGGAAGUUGCCCGUUUUGUAUGGUUUUGAUGACAUGGAAGGUCUAGUACGCAUACAUUUCUUUGAAGACUGGAAACAUAAAAUGAAUGAAAAAUUCUCUGAUUUUUUGCCAUCUGACUUAAAGUUUAAGUCUGAAGAGGAAAGACAAGAAGUAGCAGAUAAAAUUAAGAAAUUCUAUUUUGGCAACAAGCCAGUUGGAAAUGAUAACAUACUUAGUUACGUUGAUUAUUUUUCGGACGUCUUAUUUACUAUACCCAUGCUUUGGGCAGCAGAACUGUAUGUAGAGGCUGGCAACAAUCAAGUAUAUUUAUAUGAGUAUUCUUACGUGGAUGAGACCACUCCCACAGUACCUCACACAAACGUUCGGGGUGCGGACCACGUUGCUCAAACAUACGCUGUUAUGGAUGGCCUAAAUAUAUAUAAUCAAAACAAAGAUAUUACGAAUAUUGGUUUCCAGAUCAUGAAGAAAACCGUUCGGCAGUUAUGGUACAAUUUUAUUAAAACUGGUAAACCGGUGCCAGAAGGGUCGUCGCUGCCCGCGUGGCCAGCAGCAGGCGCGAACAGGGCACCGUACAUGUCUCUAGCACAGGAGUCGGAACUGCGUCACGAACCGUUGCUAGAGACACGCUACCGCUUCUGGGAGGACAUCUAUCAGAAGUACUACCGGGAGCCCAUACCUCCACCAGCUACCAGUGCACAGUCACGCCAUGAAUUGUAAAAAUAAAUAAUUACUAUAGUAAAUAAUGUAGAAAUUAAUAAAAUCUUCUAAGUUGGUUAUAUCAGAUUCUGUGGAGAUCGUUUUUACCGUCGAAGGUUGCGUAUUAUUUAUUUUGCAAUCAUACGGUGAUGACACAAUGACAUUCUUGAUAAAUAAAGAUAGGUAUAUGUGAUUUACAAUAUUUGUUUAUUAUAACAUAAUAUAUUUUGAUAUAUUUCAAGCUAAAAUGUUAUGGUGUACCACAGGGUUGUCCACUUGGUACGAUACUGGUCUUUACUCACAUUUAUGUGUUUGCUACUGUACCUUACCCUCCCAGUAUUUAAGUUUUAAUGCUACCGAUAGAUCAGAUAGCAUCAAAACCUCUUCAUUCAAGCUCAACAUUCUUGAAUACAUUGCAUUGAGUACUUGAACAGUGAAUGAAGGUGUAUUUUUUUAAUGGUACAAGUGUAACAGUGUUACAUUGUUUUUGUUUAUUACGGCUUACGACUAUUCUAAUAAAUGAAUACCUAAUUUAUGA